UGUGACAACGUGGGAUUCCGCGAAAUUGUUUCUUGGAGUUGAGAGAAGUGCAGCUCUCAGUAAAAUAGGACAAGUUGACGUAUGCUCAGGAGGCGGAAUGGACGCGGACACAAUAGAUCAGCCAGUUUAACGUCGAUUUAUUGAUUAGAAAUAACGAAAAAAACGCGGAUCAGGAGGGAAAAUAGAAAUCUGGCAGUGAGAGAAGUCUUCCAGGAGGGGGGUUUAUUUAUCCACCCUGCAGAUCCACGGGAAAACGCAGCCUUUGCGGAACAGUCACAUUGAAGACGACACGUGUGGAUGGUUAACCACAUGUUUCCUGGCUGGACCGUACUCUGAUUACUUUAUAGUGUCUGCGUUUGGGGCUGUUUUUGGACACUAAACAGGACGAUCCACGCUGUUUGUUUGUUUGUUUGUUUGUUUGUUUUGUCCGUGUGCCUCUGCAGUAGUGAUGUCGGAGGUUGACGUGUCCGUGGACCUUCCACCGGUGCGGACAGAGGACACGCUGAAAGAGAGCCAAGAAAACAGGACUUUACUGAUGGUGGCCAUGAUUCUACUGGACUUGAAUAAAUGUAACCCUAACGCCAUCGGCUCCGGGGGGAGUCGGUGCAUCGGGGGCAGCGACGCCGGCGCGCAGGACAAGGCGGAGCGGGGGAGUUGCCGGUUGAACUCCGUGGGCUGCCGGGGCUCCGUGACGCCCAAACAGGCUCAGAGCAAAAGGGGGGCGACGAGACAGGACUCUCCCGAGAAGAGGCACUGCUGCCCCUUCAGCGGCUGUGGGAAAAUGUACGGCAAGUCAUCACACCUCAAAGCCCACCUAAGGGUCCACACCGGUGAGCGUCCGUUCGAGUGCACCUGGCCCGACUGUGGCAAGAAGUUCUCACGUUCCGAUGAGCUGACACGUCACUACCGCACGCACACAGGCGAGAAGCGUUUCAACUGUCCAAUGUGUGACAAGUGCUUCAUGAGGAGCGACCACUUGACUAAACACGCCCGGCGACAUGCAGGCUUCCAUCCCAGCAUGCUCCAGGGCCCCAGCGCAGCCAAGCGCCGCCGCUGCUCUGUGUCCUUGUCUUCAUCUGACUCUGGAGACCAAAGCCCUGCUGGAAUGUGAAACACACCCAGUACUGUACAUAUAUACAUGAAGCACAUAGACACAGGGUUCAACACUGUCACACCUGUGUGUGUGUGUUUUGUACUUUACACAAAUCCAGUCCAGUCAGACAACUGAACCAGCCAGACCACUACACCCAGAGUUUGUCUAUGCAUGUGACAUUGUAUCUGCAAACACGAGCUUCCUCCUUAGCCUGACUGUAUAAUAGAGCUGCCCUCUUUUUUUCCUGACAUGAUUGGUAUUUAUUAAGGGAAUUUGGCUCUUUUAAACAUUUUAUCGCUUUUCCUUUUGUUUGUGUUGUGACUUUGGUGCAUAUGUACAUAUAAUAUAGGGUAAUAUUUCAUGUGUAUAAUUUACAGAUGAAGACAUCAGUAAGAAAACAAGUCAAUAAAAUGUAUGACUGAGAUCUACCUAAUGGAUUAGGAUCAAUAUUUUUAAUAAAUAUCACUAUUGCACACAUACACAUACUAACAUCUAUCGUUUCCCUCCAGUCCAGGAGAAUGUACAGCAGUAUUAUGUAAAUAUAUUAAGUAACCUUUCAGACAGAUGACACUUUCACUAUACUGUAGUUAAAUGUUAGGCAGUAAUAGGUCUAAACUAUAAUAUAGAGAAAUGCAGAGCUUGGCUAUUUAAUUUUUAUAUAUUUAGCUAUGGAUUUAAUAAAUCAGGUAUACUGUGAGCUUGUAGAUGUAGGUAGUGUUUAUUGUGCUGAAAUGUAAAUGCGGUCAUGUCAUCUUAAACUUGCAAAUACUGACACCAAAAUACCUUUACAUGACAAUGAGUAAACCACAGUACGUGACAGGGAGCGAUUUGUGCUGAAAGUGCUGUAAAAUAUAACAGGGUAAUGCCUUUCAAGCACAAAAUGGGAAAUUUUUCAUUUCCACUUUCACUAGAAACAUGUUUUUAUUGUUAAAGACAUGAGAGUUUAUGUUCAGUAAAGGUGUGAAAAUCGUAAGAUGUUUAAAAAAAAAAAAAAAAAAAAAGUCUGUGCCUUUUGUGGGUUUUGUAGCAGACAGGAAUUUCUAUGUCUUCAACUUCUGGAGAAAAAAAAAACUACCUGAGUUUCAUCCUAUUCCUUUGGCUGAUAUUUAUUACUCUGAAUAUCAGUGACUGUCUCUUACGCCAACAGUGCCAGGUGCUGCACAUGGAAACUUUGUUUGUUUGUUUUUUUUUUUACGCUAUUUAGACACAAUUAUAGUGGGUAAUUAUAAUAGUAAUGAUAAUGCAUGGUCAUUUUAAUCUCUUUUCCACCCUCUAGUGGUGAAGUUGAAGCACAUUUCUUAAACAGAGUCAUAACAGCUUUUUUUAAGUCCUCUUCAUAACAUUUUUAGGCAUGCUCUCUUGACUACUCCGGUUGUUUGUGAAUCAAUGAAUUCCAUCAUGUAGCAUGUUGUAUGUUUUUGGUUUGGUACUUGUAUUUUUUUAUUGUUUGGUGAUCUUUUAUAAUAUAUCUAAUUGGAUGUGAGGUCUUAUUUGCCACUAUGGAAACAUAAAUACAGUUUUCUUUUUGUACUCGUCACAUAAUGCAUUUAAGUGUCCAGAUAAGUUGAGAUGUAGUUAACCUGUUGGGAAGUAACUACAACAUUUGAAAGGUGAAAUGCUGUUUUUCCUCUUUUUGGCAUUGUGAAACUGUGAUUAGCUGCUGGUGCCUUUCAGGUUAAAGCCCUUACUUCUGAUGCUACUGUACUGUAAUCAGGGACUGUCCACACAGUCACAUAUAUUGUUACCACAAUAUAUACAUAGCUGUGUCAUAAUUACUGCGCAAAAGUUUUACCAUUAAAAUUAUUUUUCUUUCUAA